CGGAUCCUGGUCGGUGCCACCUCACUCCUACAACUUCCACCAGCUAGCAGCAGGAGGGCUCGCUUCCGCACACCCCUGCUGCACUCGCUAUGGCCUCGUCGGAGGAGCAACCGGAGUCGCGGCCGCCGGUCCUUCUCCUCCGGAUGGUGGCCCCCGCGUACGACGCCGCCGUGUCGGCGAAGUUCCACGUCCUCAGGCCGUGGGAGUCCCCGCUGCCCCGCGACCAGUUCCUCGCCGCCCACGCCGGCUCCGUCCGCGCCCUCCUCAUCAGCAGCCUCGUCACUCUCGACGACGCCACCCUCGACGCCCUCCCACGCCUCGGAUGCGUCGUCACCACCAGCGCCGGCGUCAACCACAUCGACCUCGCCGCCUGCGCCCGCCGCGGCAUCGCCGUCGCCAAUGCCGGUACCGUCUUCUCGGCUGACGCCGCGGACUACGCCGUCGGCCUCCUGAUCGACGUCCUCCGCCGCGUGUCCACCUCCGACCGCUACGUCCGACGGGGUCUGUGGCCGGUCAAGGGAGACUAUCCUCUUGGUUUUAAGUUAGGUGGCAAGCGAGUUGGGAUUGUUGGCCUGGGAAGCAUUGGGUCUGAAACAGCAAAAAGGCUUGUAGCAUUUGGCUGUACUAUCCUGUAUUAUUCAAGGAAAAAUAAGCCUUCUGUGCCAUAUAAAUACUUUCCAAAUGUUUGUGAUCUUGCAGCUGAAAGCGACGUUCUCAUCGUGUCUUGUGCACUGACCAGUGAAACACAUCAUAUCAUCAACAAAGAUGUCAUGACAGCAUUAGGAAAGGAGGGAAUCAUUGUAAAUGUCGGACGGGGGCCUCUAGUUGAUGAGGCUGAACUUGUCAGGCGCUUGAUGCAAGGUGAGCUUGGAGGUGCUGGUCUUGAUGUGUUCGAGAAUGAACCUGCUGUGCCCAAAGAGCUUUUCCUCAUGGACAAUGUAGUUUUGACACCUCACCGAGCCAUUUUUACUUCAGAAUCCUUAGCUGACCUGGGUCAACUGCUUGUAGCCAAUCUAGAGGCUUUCUUCUCAAAUAGACCAUUACUUACACCGGUUAAUCAUAAUGAUUUAUAGCCAAACAAAGAAUUUGAGCGAUUGCUCAUUGCCUUAUUGCAUCAACUGCUAUGCUGUUUGGUGGUAGGGGCUUGCUAUUGUAUGGUUUUUUUCUAUCUAUGUUCUUAUCCAGUGAAAGUUGUUUCAGACAGCCAGGUGAAUAUUGUUUCAAAAACGUGCCUUAUGGCUUUAAUAAAAUGAAGCUAAUUUUAUCUGUA